AUUCGACUCAUUCUCGGGAUCCUACCUUUUUGAACCUGUAAAAGUCUUCAAAAUGCACACAGUCUGUUAGCCGUGUUCUUUCAAAUUAUCUACCAUACACUUUGCAUUGUUUGUAUUUAGCUCUUUUAAUUUAACUUCGUUCGUGAAUUCUUCAGUUAAAGUUGUGUUUCAAAUAUUCCAGAGUGACUGUCACACCCAGUAAAGAGCCGUUCAGAAGAAGCGAAUCAUCCGCCGGUCACACACUAACUGUUGCACUGCCCGGAAAGCUAGUUUCAGACAACUGGUAGCCAAAGCCGUGGGAAUAACAGCGAAUCGUAUAUAGCUACAGUAUUUACACAAUUAGCUUUCCCAUCCCGCGCAUAGGCAGCAAGUGGAGGGAAAUUUUACGAAAACUGGCAGAGUAGAGAUGGACGGAGACGACUGCAGUUUUCCUCCAGAUUCAUCAGAUGAUCACUCUCAAAGAGGAAGUGUUGCUUCUUCUGCAACACUCUCCCGUGCUCAAGAUGUGCUUGUAUACCUCUGUGGUGACAGUGCAGUACAAUUAUCAGUAGAAGGGCUUGGCAGUGUCUCAGUGCAGGAGUUGGGCCGCAGUGUUCGCGAUGCUCUCCAUAUUCCUGAGUCUGCACAGGAUGCUUUUGCUUUCUGGCUUUCUUCUCCACUGCUCGAAUUGCAGUUAAAGGCAAGGCAUCAACCGUACAAGCUGUGUCGGCAGUGGCAGGACUUGCUCUAUCGCUUCACUGAGGCCUCAGAGGAAGACAUUUCACAAGAUGAACCAUGUCUCCAGUAUCGUAGGAACGUGUUUUAUCCUAAAUCUAAAGAGCUGCAGAUAGAUGACGAGGGAGUGCUGAGGCUUCUGUAUGAGGAGGCCAGGGGCAACAUUCUCAUGGGUCGAUACCCCUGCGACCCCGAGCACUGGACGGGUCUCGGAGCCUUGUCUGUUGCUCUCGACGAGGGUACUGGUCUUGAUGGGCAACAAUUUACUUCUACUAUAAGAGGGAAGAAGCUGUCUUCUUUUCUGCCUCCACAUGUUGCCAUGGGGAGUGGAGGCUUGCUCUCCACUCUUCGAGGGAAGUCGAGCCGUCAGACAGGGCUGCAGCAGAACCUCUUGGAGGAGUACAGGAAGAUCAGCACAUCUGCUGGAAUCUCUUCUGAGCCCACACGGCUCCUACACCAGUACCUCAACACAUGUCACACUCUGCCUUAUUAUGGGUGCGCUUUCUUCUUUGGAGAGAUUGACAAACCAGUGCAAGGGAUUCUCCAAAGGACCAAACGCAAAGCUGUCAAUGUUGGCAUCUGCCUGGAGGGAGUUUAUGUGAUGGAUGUCAAAGAGAAGCAUGUGCUGCUUGGCCUGCAUUUCAACGAGCUUUCCUGGGACCACAGCUACCCCGAGGACCAGGGGGACUCGCACAUUCUGUGGCUGGAGUUUGAUGGAGAUGAAGACGGCACUCCUGUCAACAAGUUACUAAAGAUCUACUCAAAACAGGCAGAGCUAAUGAGCGGCUUCAUUGAGUUCUGUGUGGAGCUGAAGUCUGCGUCUGAUGGAGGAGCUGCAGCUGAAAUGGACGGUGAGCUGAGUCUGUCCCAGCAGCCUGCUGGGCAAGAUGGCAAAAACAAGAACGGACGCGGAGGACGGCGCGGGAUGCUGCGCAGACAAAGCAGCGUUCUGUGCAGUCGGGUCCAUUCACUUAACACUAUCAGCUACGUGGACAACGGAAAAGAAAUCAAACGCUUGAAGCCGAAACGAGCAGCGUCCUUCUUCACCCGUCAGGCGACUGCACCCACGUACUCUGCUGUGCAAGUGACGGAGAGUCUGGAGCAGGGUUAAACUCGCUGAUCAACUCUCCCCCCCACGCAUCCCAAAGACCAAAUAUGAACAUUUUACACUGACAUUUGAGGAAAAGACUUGAUAAAAGCUUGAGACAUUUAACUGAUAAUAUAUGAACAUGCAAAGGACCAAGCGAGGGAUCUAAGUGUGAGUGACAAUAUUUAUCUUCUAAAGUUGUGUGUGUAUAUUAAGAGUACAGUAAUGUGAAAAACUAAAUAAUCUAUUAACCGCUACGCUUCCAAGGUUAAACUGAAGUGGCUAUUCUAUUAGAGGGUUUUACAUAAAGACAAUGAAAUGACACUCGAGAGUGCAGACCUCCGCCAAGGCCAAUGGUGCAUUCACAUGCUUCUAGAAAGGUCAGAUUUCCUGGGUCGGGAAGUCAUUCUUCCAAUUUUAGUGUGUUCAUAAGCAAAAGGAUAUGUUGUAUUUUAUGGCUCAGAGCGAUUAAGAAACACGUGGAUAUCUGUUCCUGGGAAUUUUCCCAGUCGAAAUCCAAUUUCUCCGAUAAUUCCAACACCACGUGAAAGCAGCACAAAUGUCCUAUCUUGCAAUGUUAACCAAAGUGAGACUUGAGGAGUGUAUCCGCCUUGUGAUUCGGAUCCGCUCCAAAAUGUAACGGGCUGUUCUUUGGCCCACGCUUCACUCUUCCAUCAAGUUUCAUGAAAGUCAGGCCAGUAGUUUUUCCGUAACCCUGGUGACAGACAAACACACAAACGCACCGGGCUGAAAACAAUCCUUGGCGGAGAUAAAUGCAGCGUUGUCUGAGCACCAUAUGAUGGAGUGACUUCAUGAGUCUGAGACGAGCCUUAGAGAAAUCCUCAGACAACGACUCCAAUUGACAACUGUGCGAUAUCUCAUGAGCGCGUUGCCCUUUCUGCAGCACUCCAGAGCUGCUGUUAAUCAGAAGUGUUGAACCUCAUUAGAGUAUACCCACUGCAUUACAUCUUUCUACUCUCACUGGGGGUUGAACUUCAAGAACUACAGUACAUGUCCCCAUAUAACAUUAAACAUUGUGUGAGAGUGACCACAAACUCUUUCAGGGGACGAUCUAAGGGCGUGUUUCUACUAUUCUGCUUUUUCAAACUGCCAGUGCCUUGUUGUCACCUAAGGGUGAAGACACUUUAGUAAUGUACUGGUAGAAACGUUUAGUGUUGGUGUUAGUGACCAUGAAGAAGCCGUAUGGGAGCACAUUGUCUGUAUUGGGGAAGUACAUGCUUUUAAGACAUAAUAUUUGCGGAUUGUUGUUGUUGCAGGUAGGAGCCGGCGGGGCGUCCCACUUUUAAAAAUAAUUCUACAGUAAUUUUCAUUUGUAAAAGUAGUCCAAACCGGUAAAAUAACAGGACGAAACAGACAUUUUAAAGCAUUAUGUUGUUGAAGCUACGUAAAAUGACCCAUUUACGUCCUCAUUGGACAGCAUCAAUUGAUUUGCACCAAUAAAAGAAUCAAAUUAGAGUCAAGAACCACCCAAAGCUGAAAGUUAGUUAGCAAUUAUUUAAUCCUACCCAGCUCUUAUUCUUGCCACUGAAUGGUUAGCAUAUCGUAUUCAACGUUUAAAGAGUGAACAAGAUGCCUGUAGAUUGGCUGAGGAAUGAACUUCACAAAUGCAGGUAAUACAAAAACUAAUUUAACAAAAGGGCUCUUUGGAUCCAACGACAUUUCAUGAGACCAGUAAGAGUUUGAACUGCCCUGACAAAGACUGAGGUUGAAACGUGUAGGCGCUAAGCCCAUUUAUCAAAGGGGUUUCAAUUUUUGCAAAGCACUGUACUUGGUAUUUUUUGGUUAUGACUUAUUGAUCACACAGCUAACCGCUUUCUUUUUUUGAUAUUCAAAGUUUAACUUUCAAUCUGCACCAUUGGUACAUGUGACAUCCACGCACAGUUGACUCAAAGUUGCUUGGUCCGACCUGAUCAGCAAAGUAAACUGAUGCAAUAUUGUACUUGUGCAACUUCUGGCACAAGAAGACAAAACGAGAACGCUUCCUGUUUAGCACUACUUUCACAUUAUGACCUCCAUUUGAAUUUAUUUUAUUUAUUGGUUAUUCAGUUUAAAAAUAGCGUUUUCUCAACACGUUAAGGAACAUAACUGCGUCUAAAAAAUAAAAAUAAAUCACCAAACUUUGAGAUACAUUUUCACGGGACAGGACUCUGUCUUAUUGCACAGACCAACUGACCAAGAACUUUUGACUAUGCUGUUGAAAUCUCAGUCUGUACACCAAAGCAAGCCUAUCUAACGUGCUGCAACACAGUAUGCUACCUUAACACGCCAGAGACCGACGCCACCGCAUGGCAGAGACCUCCAGGUGUCUCUCUGAGCUUCACCCUAAUGCUGAUACAUUUAACAAACAAGCGCACCUCACUAAUGGCCAUUUAUUAUACUGCCUUCCACUGAUUUGAGAUGUGACGUCAUGUAUUCUUCCUGAUUUCUCCUGGGCAUGUACUGUAGAAUAUUUUUACUUUUCUAUGCUUUGACUCGUUAUACGUCGGCUACCGUCUGUAACCUAACUGCAGCAGUCCAAUAUAUUGUUGCUAACUUACACUAUGCAUGUCACAUUGUAGAAUAGGCAUUCCACCACAGACUACACACAUCUUGUGAUACUGCACUAUUACUACUAAUACACUGUUUAUAAACCUGUUUUUGUAUUGUUUGUUAGCUUUUACCAGAGAAUAUUUGUAUUUCAUUUUCAUAUACUUGUCAGUGUUCGUACACAAGAAUGAAAUGAAGAAAUAGGUAAUUGAAAGCAUCAUAUUUUUAAGCAAUCAGUUUGCAGGAGCAUUAAGUGCCUUUUUGUUUGUACAGCAUUGCAUCUGAAUGAGUGUUUUGGUGCUUGGAAACCAGGAAUGGACAAUUGUUAUUGCUAUGGUUUAAAAUAGUUAUUGUGUUUUAUAAUAUAUUUCCCACAUUUUCAGCUAGACCAUGCAUUUCAUCUUUCAUACAGUAGCUGAUGUGAGUAUAUUGAUAUACUGGAUGACUACACUGUGCUGCUGUUGACCCGUGUGAUUCCUCUCAAUAGAGUAGUCAGUCUGCCUUCAAUAAAAUAUGUCUGAUAUC